UUUCCAGCAGCGCCAGCAGCACCUCUCGUCCAAACCAUCACUUUGGUAAACAAGCCCGCUAAGUGACGACACGACACUGGGCUCAGGGCAACUCCCACUUUACCGCUGCAGCUUCCGGGAUGCCCUGCUCGGAUUCGUGACCUAGUGCUGAGAGGCGGAGAGCAGAGCCCAAACCAGGGGGAUUGUUUAUCGGAGCAAGUGCACCAGUCUCUCAUCCUGAGUCACGGUUUAUUCAUCUAUAGGGUACCGGUGUUUCAAACUUGCACAACCACCCCUGAGAGAUGGACUAGUCCAAUUCACAUCACAAAAAUCUGAUGGUGAGAGGAGAGCUGUUCAUGUCAGAGACUGCUGCUCACCCCAGCUCGUACAGUUCCUACCAAGACAGUUGAGAAAAUGGAAGAGAAAGGUCUGACCGAUCCUUUGAAUAACGUCUCAUUGAUCCAAGAUGAGCUGAAGCGGACUAAUAUGGCGUCUUUAGGUGACUCAGAGAAAUUAAUCCAGCAUUUGAAUGAGCAACUCCAAGAAGCCCAGGAGUCAGCCAAUACUGAAAAACUAAAAUGCAUUCAGUUGAAAGGGCUCUUGGAUGAAGAGAGAAAAGACAGUAGCCAUCAAGCAGAUGAAUCAGCAGGUCAAAUCAAACUUCUGAAAGGCCAACUGCAGCAGCUCCAGAGCGAGGUGUCUGUCUUGAAGGCACAGAGGGAUGAGGACCACUCCAGGAGCCAUGGUGACCAGCAGGCUGCGCGGGAGGAGGUGAGAUCCCUCCAGCAGGCCCUGGAGGCAGCCGCCGCCCAGCGGGACCGGGAGACCGCGGCUGCCCGGAGCAGCCUGGCCACGGUCACCCAGGACCUGGACAAGUGGCGCCUGACGGCCGGAAAGUAUGAGCGCGAGAUCGACAGCCUGCAGGGAGACCUCCAGCAGCAGAGCCUGCAGUGGCAGAAAACCGCAGAAAUACAAGCGGCUGAGCUGCAGUCCAUGCAGAAGGAGCACAGCUCUCUCCAGAAGGAGUGUGCCGCGCUGCGCUCUGAGAAGCAGGACCUGGUCAACAAGCACCAGGCCGAGCGGGGCCAUCUGCAGGGUGAAAGCGCCGCUCUCCGGGCCCAGAUGGAACAGCUGCUGGGAAGCCAGCAGAAGGAGAAGCUGAGUGCGCAGAGCGAGAAUGCGGCCCGUUGUGCUGAGAGAGACGCGCUGCUGGAGAAACAGCAGCAGAUGGAGAUGGAUCUCACCUGCUCUCAAGGCCAGAACGUUGUGCUCAGCGAGAGCCUGAAGUCCCUGGAGAGAUCCCAGGAGGACCUGGGGCAGCGGCUGGGGGACCUGCAGCUCCAGCACCAGCAGGACAAUGCCAAGCUCCAGGGCCAACUGGGGGAGGCCCGGGGCCUCACCCAGGACCUGCAGAAAGAGAACGAGGAUUGUAAAACAGAGCUAUCGGAUCUAAAGGAGAAGUACGAGAAAGCCGAGCAGGAGAAGCAGUCGAUCACAGAUGAGCUGCAGGCAAGCCAUGCAGAGAUGAAGCUUCUGCAGGAGAAAGGAUCCAAGAGCGAUCUAGUGCUGCCCCUUCAAGCCACACUCAUCUGCCUUAUCCUGGCUUGGCUGUUGUGGUGCUUCAGCGCAUUGUGGUAGAAAGAAGCCCUGGAUGGUUUUGGGAUCGGCCGCCGCUGUGGCUCUGACCGCCGUCACCGUCGCCAUGCUCUGCAGGACCUGAGGACCGGAGAGAACACACACACACACACACACACACACCCAUAGACACACACACACUUUUGCUCGGAUCUGUGUACUCGUCAGCUUCCUCCACACUGAGAUCCAAGCCAUCUGCCUAGCUGUGACCUGAAGAGCUCUCACGUGGUUCUCAGUAUAUCUUAGGAGUAAGUCAAAUGAUUGUCGGUUAUAAGAGAACAUUAAGUGUUAUUCAAUGACCGUUUAUUUAGGACAUCUAGGGAGAUAUAUGAAUCAUGCUUUCCUUUUUGUUUUUAGAUUUUUUGUCAUUGGACCUCCAGUGUUGAAUCUAUGUGAUACUGACCUUACUAAAUCUUUACCUAGUUUAAUAUUUAGCUUGCGUUAACACAACAUGCACCAAGCAAAUCUAAUAACCCAUAAUCCAAUGCAUGAUUACUUUCCCCUAGUGAAUGAUUAAUGAAGGUCAAGGUUGUGGGGAGAUAACACUCCAAAAUACAUUUGAAUAAUUAAUAUCGUAAGAUGUUAACUUAGACUUUUUGGCCCUUUAAAUGCUUCCCUCAUGUUUCAGGUCUACACUUUAUGGUUUGGUCUUAAACAAAUUCUAAUAAUUCUCAAUGAUCUCAUAUCUGCUGUCUCUCUAAACUUAAUGGGUUAAAUAUUCAAGCCCAUUCAGGGGAUCCAAUGCGAAUGUCCUGAGAAUUGAUAACUGGCAUACUCUAGACAUGAUAGUCAUUUUGUCUCACAGGAAUGAACAAGAGCUCUAGAAGGCUGAUUGACUUCUUUGGAGAUGCAGAUAAGAAUGUCUGUCAAAUUUUUAUUUUGUUUUUGAUUGUAGAUAUUCCAUUAUCCAUCACUGACUUUCAGAGACAGCUACAACAAAGAAACAGUGUUUAUCUUCCAUGCCGUUUAUGAAGCAGAUCAGUGACUAUGGGUGUUUGGAACGACUUUAACCAUGCUCGUUGCUGAUAACAAUGCCCAGUUUAAUGGCUUGUUUUUAUUGGGUUAUGGAUAUCUAUUGAUCUUACACAAUUCAAAUGAUAGCAGAGCUCAUCCCUGGUACUUUAUGGUCGAUGGGAGUAAUAUUUAACUAGACCUGAAAACCAGAUAGGAUUUUCAUUGACACUUUAUUCAUAACAUGAUUUGUUUGAAUAUUGGAUUACAUCCCAUAUGACACACUUAGGAAAGGUUGAUUCUCUAGACACACGUUCAUGUAAAAGGUUAAAAGAAUUCUUUGGGAAACUGAAUUUAUCCCUGUAAAUAUUUGUGCAGAGUUAUUUUGUAAACAGAAGGAAAUGUUGUUCAAUUGUUAAAACGUAUGGAAAAUAAUUGUCUAAGUGUCCUACUAAUUUCACUAAAACAUGAGUUCCCCCUAUUAAAGAAAAAAGCAGAGAAAGCCU